CCUGCGCGACCACCGAGUACAACCGAACUGUACCCAGGAGCCUGAACACGAGGAGGUGCACUGGGCGGUGUACCAGAUAGUGUUCCCGGUGUUGGUGUCCAUCGGUGUCCUCGCUAACCUGCUCAACUUGGUGGUGCUCUCCCGUCCAGCCAUGAAGGGCGUGUCCUAUAGAUAUCUGAACCAUUUGGCCGUGAGUGACCUGAUGUACCUGGUGUUCAACGUGCCGUUCUGCCUGGAGGCCUUCUCGAAGAUCUCCCAGGAGAUGCCCGUGCCCCGCCCAGCAGCCUUCUACUACGCCCACGUGGGCAUCCCCCUCGUCAACCUGUUCCUCACCAUGAGCGAAUACAUCGUGGUGUGGCUGUCGUACGACCGCUGCCUGGCCGUGUGCCGCCCUCACAAGUUCUCCUCCAAGCAGCGCCUGGAGGUGGUGCGCGUGCGGUGCCUCAUGUCGCUCGCGCUCACCAUCUGCGUGUACAGCCUGAGCCCGCUGAGCCAGACCUUCUGCUGCGAGGAGGCCGACUGCUGCGUCAUCGACAGCACGUUCACGAAGGAGAGCGUGAACUGGUACACCGCGUACGAGCUGUUCAGGGAAAUCUACUCGCGUUUCCUGCCCGCCAUCAUCAUCACCUGCUUCAACGCCGCCAUCAUUUACACGCUGAGACAGCUGAAGCGCGAGCGCGAGGGCCGCGACAUCAUCAACGAGUCCCGCCAGGAGAGAGAGCGGCGCCUCUUCUUCCUCCUGAUGGCGAUCACGGUCUUCUUCUACGUCUCCGCCAUUCCCAGCGCCAUGUACAAGAUCAUCCAGUUCAACGACGUCUUUCCGAACUUCAGAGCCUUGGCUGACAUCCUCGAGGUGUCCGGUCACGUGUUCAACUUUGUGCUUUAUUUCCUCUUCAGCCCCGACUACCGAAGAACACUAGUUGGCAUGACGACGGGGCAGCCGCAGAUGACUGUGCAGACGUCGUCAUUCCAUGCUUAAAAACCACCUCUAGGGAAUACACCAAAGCCUGCAAGGGCAAAUUCCUAAUGUAUAUAAAGUGAAACAAACGCAAAAUAUAUUCCAUGUUGAAUUUAGAUAUAAGUGAGAAAAAAAUAUUCCUAUAUUAUUUAAAAAUAAAAAUAUAUCUAGGAGCAUGUAAAUGUUACUUAGUGAGUGUAGCAGUCUGACUUUGUUGCAAACGACGCAGGCACACUGAGCCCAUUGUUCAAGAUUGACAUGCUUGUUUUGCUGCAUAGAAAAAAACAUCUAUUAUUUUUCUCUAUUCUUCAAAAUAGUCUAGUUUUAUAUAUUUCGCCAUGCCAAUAGGAAACUGUAACCGCCAAACUUCUCAGGACACUGAACAUUACCUGUAGACGAGGAACAACCAUCUCGAUCUUGGACAUAUGUGACUGUCUCUACUGUAACUAAGUUUAUAAAGGCUGUUUAUAUAACGCACAUCAGAGAUGGCUUAGGGAUACUAUGCCUUUGUCACUGAACUAUAGAAAUUCAGGAAUGUAAAACAUCAUUUCAUCCUGAACCCUUUCUGUAUGGUACUGCAUAUAUAUACAUACACACACACACACACACACACACA